UUGCAAUUUGCAAAGAAAAAGAAAAAAGAAAAGAGUUUGGUCCUUUUAGAAGAUGUAAAGCAAAUCAGGAAGAGGAAAAAGAGAAGGAAAUAUAUGUGCUGGUCAUGAACAUCGAACUUGUGACCCCGGUUUUGAACUCGGAACUUAGAACUUUUUGCUCUCAGUAGUCAGUUCUGUUCAUCCUUAAUUGCCGUUCUCUAUCUUCAACAAUUACCCCUUUCUGCAGGCACUAUCAGGAGUAGUCCAAGUAAAGUAAAACCCAACUUCUCCAACUGCAAUGAAAAUAGUCAACUCGAAGCACUUUUUCCAUCUCUGCUUUCUCUCUUUCCUAUUCUUCACUUGCAAAGCAUCCCAAAACCAAUCAUCAUCUUCAUCAAUUAUCUCCAGAUUUCAAGAAUAUCUUCAAAUCAACACUGCUCAUCCAAAUCCCAGAUACUAUGAAGCUGCUGAUUUCAUCCUAUCUCAAGCAGAAUCAUUGUCACUUGAAUCCCAGACCAUUGAAUUUGUUGAAAAUAAGCCGUUAGUCUUGCUGAAAUGGCCUGGGAAAGACCCCAAACUGCCCGCAGUCCUCCUCAGCUCUCACACCGACGUCGUUCCGGUGGAAUCACACAAGUGGACUCACCCUCCUUUUGCUGCUCAUAUUGAUUCUGACGGCAAUAUUUAUGCCAGAGGUUCCCAGGACAUGAAAAGUGUGGGUAUGCAGUACUUAGAAGCUAUUCGGAAGCUAAAGGAUUCUGGGUUUGAGCCAACUCGAACAAUUUACUUGUCAUAUGUACCGGAUGAGGAGAUUGGAGGACGAGAUGGGGCUGAGAAGUUGGUAGAAUCUGAUGUAUUUCAAAAAAUGAAUGUGGCUUUUGUACUGGAUGAAGGAAUGCCUUCAGCAGAUGACAAGUAUCGGGCAUAUUAUGCAGACAGAUCACCGAUGUGGCUUGUGAUUAAGGCUACAGGAGCACCUGGACAUGGGGCGAGGUUGUAUGACAAUACUGCAAUGGAGAACUUGUUGAAGAGUAUUGAAAGCAUUAGGAGAUUUCGAGCUUCAGAAUUUGACAUGCUAAAGGCUGGCUUGAAAACUACGGGAGAGGUGAUUUCGGUAAAUUUGGUGUUUCUGAAAUCUGGCACACAAACUCCUGCUGGUUUUGUCAUGAAUUUACAACCUUCUGAAGCUGAGGCAGGAAUUGAUAUUCGGGUUCCACCAACAGUUGAUCAAGAUGCAUUUGAGAGACGCAUUGCUGAGGAAUGGGCCCCUGCUUCGCGCAACAUGACAUAUGAGUUUAAGGAGAAGUUCUCUACACUUGACAUAUUUGGUAAGCCAGCUGUAACAAUUGCUGAUAGUUCGAACCCAUGGUGGGUUCUCUUAGAAGAAGCUGUUCUGAAUGCUGGUGGGAAACUUGAAAAGCCGGAUAUCUUCCGUGGUGCAACAGAUGCUAGUUUCUUUAGACAACGAGGUUUUCCAGCAGUAGGUUUCUCUCCCAUUGCAAACACUCCAGGCCUAGCACACGACCAUAAUGAGUUUCUAAACCAGCAGGAAUAUCUCAAAGGAAUAGAAAUAUAUGCUGCUAUCAUCAAAGCUUUUGCUUCUUAUGCUGAACAGACAGAAUCUAAAGCUUCUAAAUACGAGUUGUAAGAGAGUUGUCAGUACUUUCACUUUCACCACCUUUAGGGAAGGGGAUUCGGCAUCACUGUUCUAACAAGUUAUAAUCGCCCUGCAGCAACUCGAAUCCUUCAGAGAUAUCAGUUUAGCAAAAGUUAUGGGGUUUGUAAAUGUAUCAGUUUUUGCUGGGUAAGUUCUAAAAUGUGGGAAUAAGCUUGUGAAAUUCUCUGAUCAUUGUACUUUCAACAGUAGCUUUUACAUGGACUCAAUCAAAGACCAAAACCAACUAGUUCACGACUUCAUCA